UAAAGUAAACUCACGCACAUCUCCAAUCACAAACCACAACAUGAUUGAAAUUUACCAACAAAAGGAAAUUGUUUGUUUCACAUUGAGUCCCUCCAUUUCAAGAACACCCAUCAUACCACCAACACAAACACUCAUAGAUAGAUAGUGGCACAACAAAAACCAACUACAUUUCUUGAUGUUCAUGAGAUGAUGAUGGGGUCUCAAGAGAGAUCAAGAAAAAAAAAUAUUAGCAUAUGGAAGAAAGCCAUACUCCAUUUCCUCCUAUGCUUUGUGAUGGGAUUCUUCACAGGCUUCACUCCCACAACCACCACCAAGGCUUUGCAAUCUCAAAGACCGCCCCUCUCCUCGCCCGAGCCCCUACACAACAACCACACUUCCAAAAGGGCAAGAAAUGAUCAGAAGCUAGUGAUCAUAGUCUCACCAACUAGCAAGAGGAACAAGCUCCUCCGCAACGCGAUGCUUACAAGACUAGCAUCCACGUUGAGGCUGGUGGCUCAGCCACUGGUGUGGGUGGUGGUGGAGCCAAAGCCCCCUGAUCCCGAGGUUUCUCAGAUACUGAGAAAAACCGGGAUCAUGUACAGGCACGUGGUGUCUGAUGAAGAUUUUAUUGAUGAGGAUGCGGAGAUUGACCACCAGAGGAACCUCGCCCUCAGCCACAUAGAGCACCACCGCUUGAGUGGAGUGGUCCAUUUCACGGGGCUGUCCAAUGUGUAUGAUCUCAGCUUCUUCCAAGAGAUCCGAGCCAUCGAGGCGUUUGGAGCAUGGCCUGUAGCUAAGAUGGUGGCGAAUAGGAGGAAGGUGAUGAUGGAAGGGAGGGUGUGUGAUUCAUGGAAAUGCCAUUUCAACAGCAUUCAUAUCUCAAGUUUUGCUUUCAACAGCUCCAUUCUGUGGGAUCCUGAGAGAUGGGGUAGAAGAACUUUUCCUACGCAAGAUGCACCACAGAAUUCACUCAAUUAUGUGAGAAAGGAAGUUGUUGAAGAGGAAAUCACGUUGAAGGAUAUUCCAACGCAAGUUCUACUAUGGGAACUUCAUAUUCCAAACAAGCUAUAAAAAUGGAAUCGAGGAUUUUUUUCGUCUUUUCUUCAUAUACUGGAGUGUGAUGCGAGGUAUCUUGGUUAUUUAAUCUAAGAAAUUGGAACAUGACAAAAACUCAAGUUGUAAUAAUAGCAAGGUAAGCAAACGCUCUAAUAAUGAUACAGAAAAUGGCUUUCUACAUCCAAGAUUCAAUUUUAUUCCAAUUGUACCGUUCAAUCUUGAUAAUAUAUAUUUGUGUGAAUAGCAGUCAGCUCAGUUGUUCCCGUUUUCAGUUUUUAGUAUUUAUAAUAAUCUGUGUCAUGUUCAUAAAUGGGCCUACUUAACUCAUCAAGCUCAAAAUAUUCAUUCUGGUCCAGUUGUUAUCCCACAUCGGAAGUACAAGCAUAUAUUAUGUAGGUUAUAAGAACCAGAAUGGCACACAUGAAUGUCCCUUCGGGGACAUCCGAUAAAAUUGGAACGAUACAGAGAAGAUUAGCAUGGCCCCUGCGCAAGGAUGACACGCAUAAAUCGAGAAAUGGUCCAAAUUUUU